AGAAGAACGACGAUUCAGAUUGGUAAUAGACACUUCAGCAUUGGUUAGCCAUGCCCGGCACAGACCAUGUCAGGCUGUCAGCACCUUAGUGGCCAUUUCGGCUCUUUCCCGCGCGCUCGUGGGAGUUAGCUGGCUUGAGCUGCGUCGAACAUCGUUUGCAAAGUCCAUGCGUCAACGGAGUCCAUGUGAAGAACAGGAUUCGCCUUUCGGGUGUGCACAUCCUGUCCUGUUGCACCCUCAGGUGGGACCGCUGUUUUGGACCUUGCUGCUGUCCUUUGCAGCUUGCCUGCUGUGUGGCUUCUUCAGCCUGGCGGCUUCCUUCCUUCGAGCGAGGCUCACUGAGCGCUCUGGAACGGCGAAGACCUGGAAGAAGGAAGACCUGGCGCCACCGCGGAGGAGUUCAGAGACAUAUCCGAAGGUGAGCGUCAUUGAGCAAUUCUUGCAGCAGGUCGCCCGCGAGCCCAAGGGCAUCGCAUUGAAGAGUCCAGAGCUCAGUGUGAGCUACGAGCAGUUGCUCUCCUGCGCCCUACAAUGCGCGCGCCUGGUUUCACCCUACUUGGAUUUGGAAAGGUCUGGGUGUCCCUUGGUGGCGCUCUACCUGCACAAUGGCCCACGCCUGGUGGCUGGCGUGCUGGGUAGCUGGCUGGCCAAGGGCGCUUGGACCCCGUUGGAUCGGAAGAGUCCCAAAGGAAGACUGCAGGAGCUGGUCAAGCUCACGAAGCCAGCUGUGGUGCUUUGCGACGAUGAGAGGCCUUUCCAAGAGCUCGAGGUGCCUCUGGUGCAGGCCGAGCAGCUCACUCUGGACGCUUCGGAUCCGUACGUCGAUGGGGAGAGCGCCGCGGGCGUGCAGCUGGAGAGCGUCGCGCAGGUGAUUUACACCUCGGGGUCUACUGGGGAGCCCAAGGGUGUCAUCUACAGCCAUGGGCGUUUGGCCUUCUCGACUCACUUCUUUGCAGAGCAGUGCCACGUCACACAAGGCACCCGCGUGCUGCAGAAGACGCCCAACAUUUGGUCCGUCUUCCGGCACGAGCUCUAUCCCAGCUUGUGCCGUGGUGGGCAAGUGAUACAUCCGGAGCCGCUGAAGGCGAGUGAUCCAGUCCACUUGGCAGAGACCAUCCGAUCCAACUCGGUGUCUUUGCUGGUGGCCACGCCCACUGUCUUGGAGCUGAUCUUGGAUUCCACCACAAGCACCGCACUCUCGAGCCUGUCACGCGUGGUGUGCAUGGGCGAGCCAUUGUCAUGGCGCCUUGUACGACGGGUCCGGCAGCAGCUGUCGGUGGAGGUGAUGAACUUCUAUGGCUCCACCGAAACCGAGAACACCACCUACACGAUUGCCUCAAGCCACACAUCGAUGCCCUCAACUGGCGUGGUGCCUGCGGGACAGCCGCAGCCCCAUGUGUCCGUCCACUUGUUGAAGCCCGAUUCCAUGGACCUGAGCGCACCAGGCGCCGAGGGCGAGGUGUGCUUCGCCGGCGUGCUGUCCUCGGGUUAUUGGCAGCGACCGGAUCUCACAGCCCGGCACUUCGUGCAGCAUCCGCAGCUGGGGCUCCUCUAUCGCACCGGUGACCUGGGGCGAUGGCAGAACCAGGAGCUGGAGGUUUUGGGUCGCUUGGAUCGACAAGUGAAGAUCCGUGGGUGUCGGGUGGAGCUUCAAGAGCUGGAGGUGAUCUUGGGAUCCAUGGUGGGGACCUGUGCGGCUGUGGCGGUGCGUGGAGAGAUGGAGCAUCUGCAGAUAGUAGCCUUUGUAGGUGCUGAUUGCGGCUUCGACUUGGAGACAUUGUCUGAAGAGGCCUCCAAGAUCCUCUCCCCGCAGCUCAUGCCCUCGCUUUUCGUCCUGCUGCCGGAUUUGCCACGGCUGAACAAUGGAAAGGUGGACUUGGUGAAACUCAAAGUCUUAGCCUCGGACGCCUUGGCCAAUCAGCCUGCUGAGACCUACGCUGUCCAAGACAGUCUUGGGGUCUUGCAAAAUCUCAGUAAGUCGCAAAUCGAGGAAGAUCGAUGGAUACAGAACCAGCAAGCAUUCUGGACCUUGCUCGUGAUGAUGCAGCACUUCGGCAUCGUAUGCAUGGGUGGCAUCUAUUCGAAGGAUGACUUUGGAAUCGCUGUCUGGCAUGUCCUGGGCUCCCUUUGUCACGCGCGUGACAUGGUGGCCUUUGUGUUGCUCUUGGGCUUCACUGAUGCGCGGUACGCGGCGGGGUUCAACCACCGGGAUGCUGCAGUUCUGGUGGUGGCCGUGGUGAAGACUUUGAUUAACCUAGUGCCUGGGCCGCUGCACGUGGGGGCUGAGUGGUUCUUGUACGUCUACUUCUGGUGCAGGAUCUUGCUGGUGCUGCUUUCCAAGCUCAAGCCAGGAUCUUGGCAGGUGGUGCUGCUAGCGCUGGCGGCUUGCAUGUGCCCGGAUGAUUUCCUAUGGUUGCAACUGCCGUUGGAAUGGCGCGGGCGCAUCGAAAAUAGUGCAGGCGGCAUUGACGGCAAGGGGCUCAGGUGGUGCGCGCUCUUCAUGCCAGCUUGCUACCUCGCUGCCUUCCACUUCACAUGCAGCGGAGCCUUUUCUUUGUGCAAAGGCCGUGGCAUUUCGUGGAUGAACCGUUGCGUGGAUGGACUGGGGCACUACGUAGAGCCAGAAAGAGCACGCUGGGCUUUGGAGAUUAGCUUCUCAUUCGCCUGUUGGAUCCUUUUUUGCUCCAUGACCAUUUUGACUGGCCAACUGCCUCUACCCAAGCCUGUUGGCUAUCAGUUUGGAUAUCAAGCUGUCUAUGUCGAGGAUGGAGGUCUCGAGCGUGGGAAGAGUCAUGGAGUGUCUUGGCACUACAUGACCCAUCCAUCGCUCUUCUCCUACAUCCUCCUGUGGAUUGGUGAAGCCGGGCUCUUUGUCCUGCCGGGCAUCACUGUUGCGCUGGCCAUGGUGUACUUGCCCUGGCACUUCCAAACGAUGGGUAGCGCCUGUUUUGGAAUCUACGUGACUCAUGUCUCUGUGGCUUUCUCAGAUCCGAUCAUGCGGGCUCAGAGUGAAAUCAUCAAGAACAUCACCAAUCCUUCAUGGGAUCAGCGCUUGAACUUCCUGAUUCUCUUACUUUGGACCAUUCUCUUGUGCCUCGUCUAUGCACACACUAUCGGGGUCCUUGCUCAUCGCCUUUUGGUCUGGACUUUGCAACACUUGGCCAAACUUCUGAGUUCUGACCGCUCGAAUCGGCUGGACUACUGAGGGACUGAUUCACCGAGUGCGGGGCAAUC